CAAAAACAGACUAAUGAAAAGAAAAUUACACUUUAUGGAGGAUUCGAUGAGGAGGAGAUGGGAGAGUGGUGGAAGAAGCAUAAUUCCGUUUUGCUAACAAUGAGUAAAUGGCAGAAGGAUCAAAUUGAAGACAUCACCGGCAAAAUUCCACUCUUCUUAAACGUUUUGCUAGAAUCUAGUCAUAAAAAUUUUGUAGAGGCAUCAUGCUAUUUAAAUAAUCAAUUAAUAUCAAAGAUAAAAGAACCGAUGACGAACUUUUCAAAAAAAGUAGUGGAUCAGGAAUUUCACGUCAAAUUGAUGUCAUCGUUCUUGACAAAAGGAUAUCCUCCAAGUGGCUAUGGAGUUAGUGAUUUUGAUCAUCGUUUCUUCUACAUUGAAAAUGAACUAUGUCAUUAUGUCUGUGGGAUGGUACGAGAUUGCAUGGCUGAUUAUCUCUAUGAAAAGAAGCGAAUGGAAAUAUUCACGGAUAUAAAGUGGAUCAGUUGCAUAGAGAAGUUCAAAAACAACCCAUCGGUUAAAGGAUUUUUUAUGGAGAAGGCGUGUAUUGCUAGUAUUUUUAAGAAUGGAAUUAUGGCGAAUCGUGUAAAUUUUAAACCUAACGAUAUUGAAUUUUUUUGUGAUGAAAAAGAAAUCAAAUUUUCAUCGAAUGAAGGGAAAUGUAUACUUUACUUACCACGCCGUUGGAACCAAGAGGCUAUUGAUGGUUUGCUGAUUUCAAAAACAAAUAAUAAAUUGUAUGUUGCCCCAAUACAGAUUACCUUUGAUAAGAGUAGUCAUUCAGAUUCUGAGGGUAUAUUUUUCUCCAGUAUUUGGCCAAAUUUAAAAUCAAAUAUAUCAGGCUUCGAGGAUGGAUUAGAGAUAAUAUUCAUAUGGAUUACAAGUGAAAGUGAUACAGAUGUGAAAGUGGACAUUAAGUCUAAAGAAACACGAAAUAAACCUUUUGAAAUUAAUCCCGAAUACACUCAGGUAGUAAUGGAAUUUGGAAAUGUCAACAGAGAUAUUAAUCGGUAUCUAUCUUAG